UCCCCGCCCCACCCGGCGGCCGGCGCUGUGCUGCGGGUCGCUGCGGGCCGGGAUGUCGGAACGGCGGGGCGCGGGGGGGGCCGGGCCGGCGGAGCUGCCGCUGCGGGCUCGGUUGAGCUUCGCGGCCGGGCAUUUCCUGAACGACCUGUGCGCCUCGCUGUGGUUCACGUACCUGCUGCUCUACCUGCAUGCCGUGCUGGGCUACGGGCACCGGCUGGCCGGGGCGCUGCUGCUGGCGGGGCAGGCAGCCGACGGGCUCUGCACGCCCCUGCUCGGCUACGAGACCGACCGCUCCGCCGGCUGCGGGCGCUAUGGGCGCAGGAAGUCCUGGCACCUGGCCGGCACCACCUGUGUCCUCAUAUCCUUCCCUUUCAUCUUCAACCCCUGCCUGGGCUGCAAGGAGAACACACCACAGUGGGCAGCCUUUGUCUACUACCUCCCUUUCAUCCUCAUCUUCCAGUUUGGCUGGGCAGCCACACAGAUCUCUCACCUAUCCCUCAUCCCUGAGCUGGUGUCUAGUGACCAUGAGAAGGUGGAGCUCACAGCUUUCAGGUACGCCUUUACCGUCAUGGCAAAUAUCACUGUUUAUGGCCUGGCCUGGCUCCUGCUGAACUUCCAGGUGGACCAGCCUGACCGCACAGAGCACCUAGGUGUCCAGGAUGUCCCUAUAUUUCGGGAUCUGUCCCUCAUUGUGGUGGGGGUCGGGGCUGUGUUCUCCCUCAUCUUCCACCUGGGCACCAAGGAGAAGCCAUAUGCAGGCUCACUGCCUCAGCCGGAGGAGAACAUGUCCCUGCUGCAGAAGGAGCCUACAAGCCCCGCACACCCCCUGCUGAUCUGGAAGGACUGGCUGCUGGAGCCUGCCUUCUACCAGGUUGCGGUGCUUUACAUGUCUACCCGGCUCAUUGUCAACCUGUCCCAGACCUACAUCGCCAUGUACCUGACCAACUCGCUACUGCUGCCCAAGAAAUACAUCGCCACCAUCCCACUGGUGAUGUACGUCAGUGGCUUCCUCUCCUCCUUCCUCAUGAAGCCUGCGAAUAAGUGGAUAGGUCGAAAUCUGACCUACUCCGUGGGCAUCCUGGUGGUCUUGGCCUUUGCCUCCUGGGUGACCCUGGCCAGGGAGAUGGGAGCAGAGAUCUACGGGGCGGCUGUGCUGCUUGGGGCUGGCUCUGCCACUAUCCUGGUCACCUCCCUCUCCAUGACAGCAGACCUCAUCGGCACCAACACGCACAGUAGUGCGUUCGUCUAUGGCGCUAUGAGCUUCACAGACAAGAUGGCCAACGGCCUGGCUGUGAUGGUGAUCCAGAACCUGCACCCGUGCCCAUUCCAUCUGCCUGCAGGGGAUGAGCGGAGUCGAGACUUCAUACGGCGCGACGGAGAGUGUAGAGGGGGAGAGGGGGAGCGGCACCGUCAACUGAGCAGGGCCCAUGUCCUCAGCUGCUGCCGCACUCUGCCAGAGGGUCCCCUGGCACAGGGGUGUGGCCCUGCCCUGUCCCCCACAUUGGACUGGAGUCCCUGCACCCUGUGCCUGCCUGGGGAUGCAUGAAGGCAUCGCCUGUGCUUGUACCAGUUUAACACUAGAAGCCCUCGGGCUGGGCUGGGGUCGGGCCAGGUGCCCGGCCUUGGUUUUAAUGCGCUUUGUAAGGUCAGUAUGUACAGAAGCACUUUUAACGGAGGAGAAGGAGCAGAGAAAAGGAAAAAAAAACCAAACAACAAAGCACUUCUCAGCAUGGGUCAAAAUUAAUGGAGUUCAAUCCAGCUGGAGGCCGGUCACAAGUGGUGUCCCCAGAGCUCAAUGCUGGGUCUCGUCCUGUUCAAUGUCUUUAUCAGUGACCUGGAUGAGGGGAUUGAGUGUACCUUUAGCAAGUUUGUGGAUGACACUAUACUGGGAGGAAGUGUCAAUCUGCUGGAGGAUAGGGAGGCUCUACAGAGAUCUGAACAGGCUGGACCAAUGGGCUGAGGCCAAUGGGAUGAGGAUUAACAAGGCCAAGUGCAGAGUCCUGAACUUGGACACAAAAACCUCAUGCAGCUCCAGACUUGGGGAAGAGAGCCCGGUGGAAAAGGACCUGGGGGUGUUG